UGACAGGUGUGCACCACCACACUGGGCUUUCUGCUCCAAACCCAGUGCAGAUCGGAACCUGAGCUGCUCUGGUGGCUGCCUUUUGGGGGCCAGGAACAUCCUUAGGGCACUGUGAUCCCUGCCCGUGCGACCCGACCUGCUGUGCCUUUCCUGUGCUCUGCCCUGCCCUUCCUUUCCCAUUGCUUUGCCCCCGCCCAGGCUGCACUGCCUCAGUUCACUGAAGCCUCCCUGCUGCCCUCCGGACCAAACCACUCGCACAGGUGUUCAGGGCCCUUCCUCCUGUCACCCCUGACCUGGGGUUGGGUGCAGAGUAGGAGGAAAGGGAGCAUCGUGAGUGCCCUUGGCCCUUGCCUACGUGUCCUCAGCUCCAGCCCGGUUCAUUCUCACCUCGUGGGAGACCCUCCAAGUUUACCUCCCUUCUCCAACUUAGGAGCAACAGCUCAGCCUCCUCUGGUUCAGUUUUUGUCCUCAGAUGAACCGGACCCCAAAUGCCACCUCUGUGUCCUACCCCAACUGGCACAGGAUGACAGACAGAUGGCCGCUAGUUCCACCCUGACUGCACCCCCCACUCCGUUGCUCCGUAACAUUUCAUGGCUCCUGACUGACCAGGGUGUGAAGACCUGGACCAGCCUCCCCAGGACCCUUUGCUCCCUGACGUUGUCGUAAUCCUGGCACCGACACAACCUUGAGCCUAGAGUCUGCGGGAUCGAGGAGGGAGCCACGGGCAAACACAGCACUGGGGCCAAUUCGCCCAAGGACCUGGGAGCUAAACAGUGCUAGGGACAUAACCCAGGGUCUCCCACAUGCUAGACACAUCUUGACAGUGUUCAUCCGGUGGCUGGAAGCCUCUGAGAAGAAGGGCGCAGGGGUCCUCACCAUGCUCGAAAAGACCUCUUUCUCUUGGGGUAACAUUUGGACCCCCAGCCUCAGGUCUGUAUUUGGGUGAGAUUGAUGGGUGGUUAAUAGAACUAUCGGAUGGGAGGCAGUGAAGGUACAGAAACAUGGGAGACUAGGCUGCAAGGAGAGCUCAGCAUGUGCAGAGGCCCGGAGGAGGCUGCGAAGGAGGAGCUGAGUUGCAUAGCAAAGCAGGGUGGAAUUCACGCUUGUGUUCCUGGGGAGGAAACUGAGGCUGGGGAGGCUGAGCCACAUGGCAGGGUCUUCAGCACCGCACCGGUAGGGAUCAGCGCGCCACGCCCACCUCACCCCCCAACAAAAGCCCCGCCCCGCGGCGUGACCGGAAAUGCGCGGGCCCUCCAAGAUGGCGCCCCAAACCCGGAAGUGAGCGGCGGCCGCCAAGAGGCUCGGAGAAACUGAGGCGUUGCGAGCUCCGCGUCUGGCCGCACCCGGCUCCGAGGGCAUGAUGCCGCCGCCGCCACCACCACCAAGGAGCUCCAAGCCCAGAUAGACGUGCCCACCUGUGGCCCGGGGUCGCCUGCCCCUGAUGCUCGCGGUAGGGCCUGCCAUGGACCGGGAGUACCCACAGCACGAGCCCCCGCCCGCUGGCAUCCUGUAUAGCCCGACCCCCCUGCAGAAUGGCCUCCUGCACUGUCCAUGGUGGAGUAGCUUCUCACCGCCAUCGUACCCAGCCUUCUCCAGCGACAGCCAUGCCUUCUCGAGCUCGGCCUCCUUCCUGGGUGGCCAGCCCUGCCCCGAUGCCAGCUAUGCUACUGUGGCCACCGCCCCUAGCUACCUGUCCAAGAGUGGCGACUUUCCUCAGGACUCCUACUUCGAAGACCUCUCCAGUGCCUCCAUCUUCUCCUCAUCAGUGGAUUCCCUGUCAGACAUUGUGGACACACCUGAAUUUCUGCCAGCAGACAGCCUUAGCCAGGUGCCCACUAUCUGGGAUGUGAGCACUGCCUCAUCCACCCAUGACAAGCUGUUCCUGCCCAGUGGACCAUUCCCAGGCCUUGAGGACCCUGUGACCUCCUUGCCCAGCACCUCCCUUCUCGUCAGCUACCAGUCCCAAAGCCAGCCUGAGGAUGAGGUGGAGGACGAGGAGGAGGAAGAGGCGGAAGAGCUGGGCCACGCAGAGACCUAUGCUGACUAUGUGCCCUCCAAGUCCAAGAUUGGCAAGCAGCAUCCGGACCGUGUGGUGGAGACCAGCACUCUGUCCAGUGUGCCCCCACCGGACAUUACCUACAUCCUUGCAUUGCCCACCUCAGACAGUGCAGUUCUGUCUGCCCUACAGCUGGAGGCCAUCACCUACGCCUGCCAGCAACACGAGGUCCUGCUGCCCAGUGGUCAGCGCGCGGGCUUCCUCAUCGGUGAUGGGGCCGGUGUGGGCAAGGGCCGCACGGUGGCCGGUAUCAUUGUAGAGAACUACAUACGCGGCAGGAAGAAGGCCCUGUGGUUCAGUGUCUCCAACGACCUCAAGUACGAUGCAGAGCGUGACCUACGGGACAUUGAGGCCCCGGGCAUCGCAGUGCAUGCGCUGAGCAAGAUCAAGUACGGCGACAACACUACCUCAGAGGGCGUCCUCUUCGCCACUUACUCAGCCCUGAUUGGGGAGAGCCAGGCAGGCGGGCAGCACCGCACGCGUCUGCGGCAGAUCAUCCAGUGGUGCGGAGAAGCCUUCGAUGGCGUCAUUGUGUUUGAUGAGUGCCACAAAGCCAAGAACGCCAGCUCCACUAAGAUGGGCAAGGCUGUGCUGGACCUGCAGAACAAGCUGCCCCUGGCCAGGGUGGUCUACGCCAGUGCCACAGGUGCCUCUGAGCCCAGGAACAUGAUCUACAUGAGCCGCCUCGGCAUCUGGGGUGAGGGCACGCCCUUCCGGACAUUUGAGGAGUUUCUACACAACAUUGAGAAGAGGGGUGUGGGCGCCAUGGAGAUUGUGGCCAUGGACAUGAAGGUCAGCGGCAUGUACAUUGCACGCCAGCUCAGUUUCUCUGGAGUCACCUUCCGUAUCGAGGAGAUCCCGCUACCCCCAGACUUUGAGCGAGUUUACAACCGGGCAGCGCUGCUGUGGGCUGAGGCCCUGAGCGUGUUCCAGCAGGCAGCUGACUGGAUUGGCCUGGAGUCGCGCAAGUCCCUGUGGGGCCAGUUCUGGUCAGCCCACCAGCGCUUCUUCAAGUACCUGUGCAUUGCUGCCAAAGUGCACCGACUGGUGGAGCUGGCCCUUGAGGAGCUGGCCCACAACAAGUGUGUGGUCAUUGGGCUGCAGUCCACGGGCGAGGCGCGAACACGGGAGGUGCUGGACGAGAACGAGGGGCGCCUCGACUGCUUUGUUUCGGCCGCUGAAGGUGUCUUCCUGUCACUGAUCCAGAAGCACUUUCCUUCCACCAAAAGGAAGCGGGACAGAGGAGCUGGCAGUAAGAGGAGGCGGCGACCUCGAGGCCGAGGGACCAAAGUACCCAGACUGGCACUUGAGGGGACAGGCGUGAUCCGCAUCAGUGAUGACAGCAGCACCGAGUCAGACGCUGGCCUGGACAGUGACUUCAACUCUUCCCCUGAGUCCCUGGUAGAUGAUGAUGUGGUCAUCGUGGAGACCCCCGGGCAUCCUGUGGACGACCGGGGCCCUCUGUGCCUCCCACAGAGGGACCUACACGGCCCCGCUGCCCUGGAGCGUGUGGAGCGGCUGAAGCAGGACCUUCUGGCCAAGGUGCGGGCUCUGGGCCGAGAGCUGCCAGUCAACACCCUGGACCAGCUCAUCGACCAGCUCGGAGGCCCUGAGCAUGUGGCCGAGAUGACGGGCAGGAAAGGCCGUGUCGUGUCCAGGCCCAAUGGGACAGUGACCUUCGAGUCUCGGGCAGAGCAGGGCCUGUCCAUCGACCACGUGAACCUCCGGGAGAAGCAGCGGUUCAUGAGCGGCGAGAAGCUCGUGGCCAUCAUCUCUGAGGCCUCCAGCUCCGGCGUCUCCUUGCAAGCUGACCGCCGUGUGCAGAACCAGCGCCGCCGCGUGCACAUGACACUCGAGCUGCCCUGGAGUGCCGACCGUGCCAUCCAGCAGUUUGGACGUACGCACCGCUCCAACCAAGUGUCGGCACCCGAGUACAUCUUCCUCAUCUCCGAGCUGGCUGGGGAGAGGCGCUUCGCCUCCAUUGUCGCCAAACGGCUGGAGAGCCUGGGUGCCCUGACACAUGGGGACCGCCGCGCCACCGAAUCCCGGGACCUCAGCAAAUACAACUUUGAGAACAAGUAUGGCACGCGUGCCCUCAGCUGCGUCCUCAACACCAUCAUGAGCCAGACAGAAAACAAAGUGCCGCUGCCCCAGGGCUACCCUGGAGGGGAUGCCGUCUUCUUCCGGGACAUGAAGCAGGGCCUGCUGUCGGUUGGCAUCGGUGGGCGGGAGUCUCGGUCCGGCGGGCUGGAUAUGGAGAAGGACUGCUCUAUCACCAAGUUCCUGAACCGCAUUCUGGGGCUGGAGGUCCACAAGCAGAAUGCUCUGUUCCAGUACUUCUCGGACACCUUCGACCACCUCAUCGAGAUGGACAAGAAGGAGGGCAGAUAUGACAUGGGCAUCCUGGACCUGGCCCCUGGAAUCGACGAGAUCUAUGAGGAGAGCCAGCAGGUGUUCCUGGCCCCCGGGCACCCGCAGGAUGGACAAGUGGUCUUCUACACGAUCACUGUGGACCGUGGCCUGAAGUGGGAAGAGGCCUUUGCCAAAUCGCUGGGGCUUACAGGUCCCUAUGAUGGCUUCUACCUGUCCUAUAAGGUGCGGGGCAACAAGCUGAGCUGCCUGCUGGCCGAGCAGGGCCGUGGCAAGCACUUCACGGUGUACAAGCCCAACAUCGGCCGUCAGAGCCAGCCGGAGACACUGGACAGCUUAUGCCGCAAGUUCCAGCAGGUCACCGCGGAGGAAGCACAGGAGCACUGGGAGAGCAGCUACGCCUACUCGCUGACGCACUGCAGCCACAUGGCUUGGAACCAGCACUGCCGGCUGACGCAGGAGGGCAAGGACUGCGUGCAGGGCCUGCGGCUGCGGCACCACUACGUGCUGUGUGGUGCCCUGCUGCGCGUGUGGGGCCGCGUGGCCUCGGUCAUGGCUGACAUCAGCAGCAGCAGCUACCUGCAGAUCGUGCGCCUCAAGACUAAGGACAAGAAGAAGCAAGUGGGCAUCAAGAUCCCGGAGGGCUGCGUGCCCCGCGUGCUGCAGGAGCUGCGGCAGAUGGAUGCGGAGUUGCUGCUGAGCGCGCGUGACGCUGUGCCGGACCCCGCGGCCCUGGCCCACCAGGGCUGCGACAUCAACUUCAAGGAGGUGCUGGAGGACAUGCUGCGCUCCCUGCACACGGCACCCACUGAGCCCCCCGGCCCGCUGAUGGGGGCGGGAGGCGGGGGUCCAGAGCGGCAGAGCGUGAUCCGUUUCAGCCCACCCUUCCCCAACUCCUAGACGUGCACCCCGCCACGGCCGCCUUCUCCCGGACCGGGAUGGUGCGGACCGGGACGGUGGGGCACG